CUAUGCAACAACUGCUUCUGAAAUUCUAAGCUCUUGAUCCACUUUUUCAUUGCGGAAUUCAUCAUUUUGUUUUAGGACCGUGUUCAGUUCUGGGUUGCAGAAAGAGAGACGGUAAGAAAUGGAGAAAAUAUUGGUGUUAGUGGUAGCGAUAUUAGUGUCCAUGGUGAUGAUCAUGGAACAAAGUCAUAGUUGUUAUGCAGCAGAUUCAAUAAUAGGAAAUGCGAAAGAGAAAGUUAACUUAGCGGCAGAUGAUGCAAAAGUGAAGGCAGGUGAGAUGAAAGAGGCAGCAUCAGAUACCAUGAAGGGUGCUACGGAUACUGGUGAAUCUUGGGUUGCCUGGGCGCGAGAAAAAUUAAAUGAGGGACUUGGGAUCAAGACAGAUACGGCCAAGGAGACUGCCCAGGAUAUGAUGAACAAAGCAGGAGAUGCAGCAUCUGGAGCAAAAGAUAUGGCAUAUGAUAAAGCAGGACCAACGUUGAAAAUGGCUUCACAAAAAGCAGGACAAGCAUCAGACAUGGCUCGUGAGAAAGCGGGUCAGGCAUCAGAGAUGGCUCAAGAAAAAGCUGGUCAAGCAUCCCAUAUAAUUCGUGAAAAAGCUGGUCAAGCAUCAGGCAUGGCUCGCGAGAAUGCUGGCCAAGCAUCAGAAAUGGCUUAUGAGAAAGCUGGUCAGGCAUCAGAAAUGGCUGGGGAUGCUGCCAAUUUAGCUGCAGGAAAAGCAGGGGAAAUGAAGGAAACAAUGAAAGGAAAAAUGAUGGAUGGUAAAGAUUCAGCAAGUCAAGCUUACGAAGAUGCAAAACAAAACGUAGGAAAUAUGUAUGACACUGCCGCUUCGGCUACUGGUUCAAUGAGUGAGAAAGCAAAGUCUAGUUACGAAACUGCUAAAGAAAAAGCUUCUCAAGCUACCGGUGAUUUAGGUGCCAAGAUGAGAGCUGAACUGUAAAUUGUUCACCACUUCUUUGUUUACUCGUUUUUGCUGCCAUGUUUUUGAUAGGGUUGCUGUUCUUCUUUCUUUAAUGCUUUUGAUGGAUUGAAAAAAUGCAUUAGCAGUGUGAUUUCUUCUUGAA